CACAGACUUUCUGGAAGAUUCAUGAUGAUGCAGUGUUCAUGAAUAGACACCAUAAACCACAGAAAAAUGUCCGAAACAGACAACGGAUACACUGCUUUCAAGGACACGGAGGUGAAGUCCACAGCAGUGGUGAAAUAUUGCCGCUAUGAAACACCUGCCACAUACAUGCAGCUGCAAAAGAACACAGACCUGAAGGAACCACCUUCCAACUGGCUUCGUGGGGGCUCAGAGGAAGAGUGUUACGUGAAAGACAUGCAAGGGGGGAAGAGGAGCGAGUUCUCUAGUAUCAAAAUGGCACAUCGCUCUCCAGACCUGGUGGAUGAACUGGAUGUCAUCUCUGACUCUGAAAACAUCAAGAAGCUACUGAAGCUCCCGUACAGCAAGGGUCAUGUGAGCAUGAUGGUACACAGGGUGGGAAAAACUUUACUCCUAGAUGACUUUGAUGUGCACAGACAUCUUCUUAGGCAGCAAGAGGAGGAUUGGGAAUGGAUGAGAAAAUUCUACUGUGAAACUGUGGAACAGAAUAAGGCUGAAAAGGAAAGAGUUUGCUUGAGGAAAAACAAUAGUAGGAAUUUUCUUCAGAAUAGGAAUAUGUUUUCAAAAUUCCUUUAUUAUAGUAUACAGGAUAAUAGUGGUCAUAGCAGUGAAGGGGGGAAGGAAAGCAAGCAAUUGCUGCCAGAAUCUGAACAAGAGCCAAGAAAUGGAGAAUUUCAGCGCACUGUCAUCUGGAAUUUUGAGGACAUUCGUAUGCUCAUUGGAACAGAUCUUCCCAUCUUUGGAGGUGAAGCUAGACCAUGUGUUAGUUUAAGACUAAGAGAUACCAGUAAACCCAUCAAUGUGCUGACAGGGAUAGACUAUUGGUUGGACAACUUGAUGUGUAACGUACCAGAGCUGGCCAUGUGUUAUCAUCUUGAUGGUAUUGUACAGAAAUAUGAGCUGUUUAAGACUGAAGAAAUCCCAAACCUAGAGAGUUCCAAAUUCUCCCCUACAGUGGUGAAGGACAUAGCCCAGAAUAUCCUUUCAUUCCUCAAGUCUAAUGCAACAAAAGAGGGACAUACCUAUUGGCUUUUUAAAGAGACUGACAAUGAUGUAGUUAAGUUGUACGACCUGACAACAUUAUGUGCAGAUGACAUGAAUGAUAAAAUGGACAAUCCAUUCACUGUUCCUGUUGGUAUGUUGCUAUAUAAGGUGGCAUAUAACAUGUGGCAAAGUAGUGGAAGGAAGAAGUCGGGGACAAUUAGAACCUUGCUGAAGAAUGCAUUGAAAUUGUUAGACAGGGACAAGUUCUCACAGGUGACUGCAUCAGCUUACUUCAUCCUGUGUGAUUUGUUUGUGAAUGAAGAGUUCCUGUCCUCUGUACAGGAGCAGAAUCUGGUCUCCAGUGAUGAGUCUGACUGUGAGGAGGAACAACAGCCACAUGGCUGGGUAGAAGAUGAAGAUGAUGAUGAAGAAAAGACUGUGAAGGCACAAACAUCAGUGGCAGUGAAGACCUUAAGAUUGCCAGAGAAGGAGAAGAAUGAUGUCAAUGAAGUGUUGCGGUUCCCACCAGUCUGUGGAAAUGUAGAAGACAGGUGCUUGGAGGGGCUGAAGUUUAUUGCUGAGGGUUUAAAAUGUAUAGACAGUGAAGUUAAAGAAAUAAAAAAGCGACGAGAGAUGCAAGAGCAUGGUAUGGCUCCCAAAACCUGCAACCCAUAUCAAGCCAUACCACUGCACUAUCAGCCAAUAAGUGAACUCGAUCUCAAACCUGACUUUGUUCAUGAAGACAAAGAGAAUGAUGAUUCUUUCGCCAGUUCAGAGUCAAGAGAAAGAAGUGACAGCUUAGUUUUAUUGAAAAAAGACAAAGUAAAAGUGACAGUUUCCCCAGGAACAUGGCAUUACAACUCGAAAGUUUUACUUCUGAGAAAAGGGGUACUGGCAUACUACAGUAUAGCUGAUGCUAAAAACUCUUUAUUUAAGUAUGGUCAAGCACUGAAGUAUGUUAGACUGGCUUUACUUUGUUUUGAUGCCAUGCGCACACUGUGUCCACAGAAGGGUCAGGAGAGUGACCCCCUAUUGGAGAUGAUGUACAGUUUGACAGGUGACAUCAGGCUGAUGCUGACACAGAAUGUCAACCAGUUACAAGUCUAUGAAGAAGCAUACAGAUAUAUGUCAGAGUAUGAUUCUGUGAUUUUGGAAAGUGUCAGUUUAGAGCUGCAAGAGUUUAGUUUUGAGUGGGCGUGUCAGUUCAGUUCUGGCACAGAGAAGAAUUUAACAGAUGCUCUGCACUGUUAUCAGCUGGCAUUAGAGAUUUCCCAAAGAUACAAUAAUACAGAGAAACAGGAAAGUCUGAUCAAGCGGCAGGGGAAUGUGAGGAAUGAACUUGGUGUCCUGUAUAUGAACCAGGCAGCAGUUUUAACAAAUGAAGCAAGUUUUGAAGGACCAUCGAAGCAAGUUGAAGACCUCUGGAAAACCAGCCAGACCUGCUUUGAACGGGGCAUCAUGCUGUUUGAUAGUGUCAGUGAUGAGGCAAACAUUGCACUUCUCACUUCUAAUAUAGGCCGUUUAAUGCGACUGUGUGCUCAGGCCUUUGUGCAAUAUGUCGAUGGUGGACAGCGCAGAGAGUUCAGUGCUCAAGAGAGAGUUUAUUAUAGCAAAGCCUGUGAUUUCUACAAGAAAGCCCUGAGUAUCAUCAGCAGUAGGUCAAAGAAUCCCACCAUCUGGGACUCUGUGAGCUGGGAGUUAUCUAGUACUUACUUUGCCAUGGCCUCCUUACUGCAGGAUUACGCUCCCCUGUCUACACAGGCCCAGGAACAGAUUGAGAAGGAUGUUACAAAUCUCAUGGUAAAAACUCUGAAAUAUUGUGAUGUGGAGACUGCUUCCCCCAGACAAGCAGCCUGCCAGUACAGGGCAGCCACCAUCCACCACAGGCUGGCCUCCCUGUACCACAAUGCCUACAGGAACCAGUUAGCAGAGCAAAAAAAGAAGCACCUGCGUACCCUGGCAGAGCUGCACUAUGAGAAAGCUAGCCAUUUCUUUAAGCUAGUGGACAGCUGGUCUGAACAGCUCCGUGUGCAGCUAGAGAGGGUAGCCAUGUGCGAGUUUCAGUUUAAUGGACAAACUAGUGUGCCAGCUAAAAUCAAGACUCUAACUGUUGCUCUGGAUCACAUUCUCCACUGUGUGGAGCCACUGUCUGGCAUUGAGAGACAUAUCACUGAUCAGGAAGAGGCAGACGACUUUCAGGGAUAUGUUGAUGAGUGCCAAAAGUUAUUGUCAAUCCUUUCCUCAAGACUCCACUUUGUUUUGCUCAAUAUUGUGAAACUGCAGAAAUCACAGAAUAAGAAAAGCAAGCAGCAGCAUGUGGAUGUGUACAAGCAGUUAUAUGCCAAGAGCCUCCAGGUGGAGGAAUCCGUGGAUUCUGAAGGCAGACCCUUGCUGGACAGGUGUCAGAACACACUGAAGGUGUUGAGGGACUUGGUGCAAUUACAACACAGCAUAGCCAGGGAUACAGACUUAUGAAUACUAGUACAUAAUUGAUUGCAUAUGUGAAUCUGUGAUUGAGACAAUGGUGAAUACCAUUAGUUAUUUUAUUUUGAGAAAAAUUGAGGAUAUCGAUAUUGCGGUUCAUUAAAAGACCAUAGUACUGUGUAGUGCCAUACAGUGAUGCAUUAUGAAAGUUGUCAUUGCAUAUUGGAACUUUUGAAGAUUUGAAACCAAUCAAUAAAGUAUUUUGCAAAUUGAGUAAACUUUUAAAUGUCAUUAAAGGUUUUAUUUUGGAUAUUUAAGGUGAAAAUGCAACUUAGUGCAAUGUGCGUGAUUUUGUUUUACAAACAAUUUUUUUUUGUUUUUAAUGUUUGUUGAAAGUAGCAGUUUGCUCAAUUACAUUGGACAAAUGCCUUCAUUCAUAUAAAUUGACAGUCACAAUAAACAUUUUAAACAGGCUGGGCUUGUUGACUGCUGUUAAGUUAUGUGAAAAGCCUUAUAUAUGUUUAAUAGGCUAGUAAAGAUAGAUUUAAGAGUAAACUGUAGAAAAGUGAUGACAAACACAGUAAAUCUAUGAUUUAGCUAUCUCUGGGUACCUAAUGAAACUUUUGAGGGCCUAAAUAUUAUUUAAACGAUAAAUUCUAGUCAUUUGCAGCCAUUUGAGAUCUUCAAGGGUUUACAAAAAAGAGAAGGCAGAGGUUGUCAACAGGGUGCAAGAUCUCCACUCACACCUGAACUUGCUAAACACCAAUACCGUUUUUUCUGUAAUAAAGAUCCCUGCUAAUGACGUAUACUGCCA